UUAUGUGGGUGAAGUCUGCAACAGCAGAUAUAGCUCUGUGAACAAGCAGGCCCUUUUUUAUCCUAGACCACCCCUUUAAAAUGUCCUCUGUAAAACAAUACCGUUUGUAGAAUGAAAAUUAUUGGAUAGUUUAUUGGAUGCAUAAACGAACAGUACAGCACAUAAAGUAGUAAAGUAGUGCAUGUGGUUGUCUUAUUUUGUAGCCGCAUACAGAUGCCAAAGAAAUAUGUGAAAAGUGAUGGCUUCAUUAACCACACACAAAAGGACAAAGCAGAUUCCCUAUGCAUCCAUUCACUUGUAUAGGAUUAGUGUAUACAGUCUGUUUGGAAAGGCCUGUGCCCUAUUCUGUUGACGACAGUUUUUAAAAGGAUGAAUGCCUUCUGCUGAGACAGGAACGAGCCAGAGUGGGAUCCGUGUUACGUGUCAAUGCGGAAUUAAAAGAAAUACUGCAAAAAAAGGAAGUUAAACCUUUGCCACAACUAUUGCUUAUAUACAUGCCGUGGAAAACAAUAGACAUUCCUACCUUCUGGUGCCCACGUGUUCACCAACUGAGUUCUUAAAAACAGCAUUUUGGCUGUUAUCCUUCUGUUUAACCACGUUGUGUCCAAAAAAGGAAUUAUCUGGUUGGAUUUUUGCCUAGUGCACACUGAAGAGGCUGAUUAGUAGUGGCGUCCACCAAAUCCUGUACGAAGCCAUGCCUUUUAUUCCUUCUGGGUUUUUCUGUGACCGGGUGAUCCGGGAAAGAGACCGCCGGAACGGAGAAGGAUUGCUAACCAAGCCCCUUAAGUUUGAGGGACAAGACUAUGUGGCCUUAAGAAAGGAGUGCACCAGCAAGAAAAAACUGUUUGAAGAUGACAUCUUCCCAGCCGGAGGACAGUCUCUGGGCUACAAGGAGUUUGGCCAGAAGUCAACCAAAGUGAAAAAUAUUGCAUGGAAACGACCAAAGGAAAUAUGUGAAAAUCCUGAGUUUAUAAUAGGAGGAGCUAACAGAACGGAUAUCUGUCAAGGAGAUUUGGGUGACUGCUGGUUUUUGGCUGCUAUUGCUUGUUUGACCCUUAAUGAAAAACUACUUUUUCGAGUAAUACCUCCAGACCAGAAUUUCACAGAAAACUAUGCUGGGAUUUUCCAUUUUCAGUUUUGGCGUUACGGCGAUUGGGUGGACGUGGUAAUUGAUGAUUGCUUGCCGACUUUUAACAAUCAGCUAGUCUUCACCAAGUCUUCUCAGCGCAAUGAAUUCUGGAGUGCACUACUGGAGAAAGCCUAUGCAAAGUUACAUGGAUCCUACGAGGCUCUCAAGGGUGGAAACACCACGGAGGCUAUGGAAGACUUUACCGGGGGAGUGACUGAAUUUUAUGAGAUAAAAGAAGCUCCAAAAGACUUGUUCAGGAUUCUGAAGAAAGCUUUCGAGAGGGGCUCGCUUAUAGGAUGCUCAAUUGAUGACAAAGAUCACUUUUCCUUUGGGGUGGUGCCACCCUCAGAUAUGGGUGAAGCAAUGAAGAAAAUGAUUGAGGGUGUUGGUGACACUCACCAUGACUGCGAUAACUCACACCCAAAGCCACCACUGGCCAUUGUCCCUGCACACUUUGAGACUCGCAUGGCCAGUGGACUGGUGAAAGGACAUGCUUAUUCGGUCACAGGAGUGGAAGAGACUGCAUUCAAGAGGGACAAGGUGAAGCUGGUGCGUCUAAGAAAUCCCUGGGGACAGGUGGAAUGGAAUGGAUCCUGGAGCGAUAACUCUAAAGAGUGGACAGUAAUUGAUAAAUCAGAAAAGUCACGUCUACAACACCAGAUAAAUGAAGACGGCGAGUUUUGGAUGUCAUUUGAUGAUUUUAUGAAGAAUUUUACCAAACUAGAAAUAUGCAACUUGACAGCAGAUGCUCUAGAGUCAGAUAGCCUCCAAACGUGGACUGUUUCCGUUAACGAGGGACGGUGGGUCAGAGGCUGCUCUGCUGGAGGAUGCCGAAACUUUCCAGACACGUACUGGACUAAUCCUCAGUAUCGUCUGAAGCUCCUAGAAGAAGAUGAUGACCCCGAUGACAAUGAGGUUGUCUGUAGCUUCCUUGUUGCUUUAAUGCAGAAGAACCGCAGAAAAGAUCGGAAGGCAGGAGCCAAUCUUUAUACCAUUGGUUUUGCAAUUUAUGAGGUUCCGAAAGAGAUGCAUGGCAAUAAGCAGCAUUUACAAAAAGACUUCUUUCUGUACAAUGCCUCCAAGGAUAGGUGCAAGUCAUAUAUAAACAUGAGAGAAGUCUCCCAACGCUUCAGACUACCUCCCAGUGAAUACGUCAUCAUCCCUUCCACUUACGAACCUCACCAGGAAGGGGAUUUCAUUCUGAGAGUCUUCUCUGAAAAACGAAAUAUCUCAGAAGAAGUUGAAAAUAAGAUUGAAGCAGAACGACCCAGUAAAAAGAAAAAAGCCAAGCCAAUCAUCUUUGUAUCGGACAGAGCAAACAGCAAUAAGGAGUUGAGUGUGGACGAAGGGUCUGAUGAAGAGAAGAAAAAAAAGGCAGCAGUGCAAAAAGAGAAAAAAGAUAAGGCCCCUAGCAACACUGAUAAAGAGAGUGAAGAGGAGAAGCAAUUCAGGAACAUAUUUCAACAGAUUGCAGGGGAUGAUAUGGAAAUUAGUGCCGAUGAACUACGAUCUGUUCUGAAUAGAGUUUUAAACAAACACAAGAGCCUGAAGACUGAAGGGUUCACUCUGGAAUCUUGUCGCAGCAUGAUCGCUCUAAUGGAUACAGAUGGCUGUGGCCGGUUGAACCUUCAAGAAUUCCAUCAUCUAUGGAAAAAAAUCAAGCAGUGGCAGCAAAUAUUCCUACGUUACGAUGCAGAUCAAUCUGGAACCAUCAAUAGUUACGAGAUGCGCAAUGCCGUUAAUGAAGCAGGUUUUCACCUGAACAACCAGCUGUACGACAUCAUCACCAUGCGGUAUGCAAACAAGCAGAUGAACAUUGACUUUGACAGUUUCAUCUGCUGCUUUGUACGUCUGGAAGGAAUGUUUAGAGCAUUUCAUGCAUUUGACAACGAUGGUGAUGGCAUAAUUAAGCUCAAUGUGUUGGAGUGGCUGCAGCUCACUAUGUAUGCCUAGACAACACCAUGAGGUAUACCAACCUCCUACCGCUCACAUUUCUCAACCACUCUCAUACAAGGACCGACUCAGGAUCUCUCUGCUCGACAGAGCAAAUCUUUACCUCAUUGCUCCAAAAUAUACGUGAAAACCAGUUUACUUCUUCACCUGGCGCAGUCUUCAGUCUAUGAGCACAGUUAAGGAGUUUAGCUUUAAGUUCCAGUAAAAGAUCUGGCAGUGUGGUAUUGGAAUACAAUAGUUCUGUACGAGCCGUAUGUCUCUAAUCAAACCUCUGUCUUAGUCAUCACUAGAACUCAACGUACAAUGGACCUCAUAAGUAAAAACCCUUGCAGACACAAAGUGGAGCUGCAGUCCAUAGUCUGCAACUAGGGAUCAUGCACACAGCCGUGUCCAUAUUUCUAUGUGCAAAAUACGCAUAGCUUCCAUGUGCGUUUUUGUGUUUUUAUCACUCGCAUGAACUGAAAGGACAAGUCUCAUCCGUAAGCAGAGACCAGAUUAAGACCUGCUGUAUCAUGACCAUACAGAUUCGUAAAAAAUAUGGAUGCGUGCAUGGUCCCAUAGAAAUGAAUGGGUGCACAAAUAUAAGCAAAAAAUAUAUUAAAAAAUGCUGAUUAAGGCCUCCUGCACACGACCGUUGUGUGCACCCAUGGCCGUUGUCCCGUUUAACGUGUUUUUC